AUGGCAACUAGAAUAUCUCAAGAUAAAACUUCAACUGUGAAAGGAGAAAUCAGUUCAGCAAGAAUUGGAAUAAAAAGAGAGACAAGUUCAGGAACUUUGGAGAUUUUUGGUGAAAAUAAUUUUGCACUGGAAGAUUCUGCAAGUAACAACUUUGAUAAAAGACCAGGAAAAGUACCACCACGGCCAGAUUCCAGAUCAAGCUUAGGACAAUCAACUCCGACUUCCACCAAACAAAUUUCACUACAAACAGUGAGACGAAAGAAUAACAGUGAAGAUGAUGUACAAGUUUUAGAUUUAGAAACAAACACUGAAGGAGAGGACAGAUUGAAUGAAAGAUUGGAAAAAUUAAAUUUAAGUGGAAGAAAUUCCAGGAAUUUCCUCAGAGAGAAUUCAAGCCAAGAGUUAACCAAAGAGAAAGAAAUUCAAAAUGAUGAAACGAGCAGUGAAAAUGAAGAUGAUGAUGAUGAUGAUGAAGAUGAUGAUGAAAAGCCAAAAGCACCAAAUGAAUUAUUUAUGGAGUUUUUAACAUGUAUAAUGAACAAAGAUUAUCCAACAGCCAAAAAACUUUGUAGAAUGAUUUUGAUAUAUGAACCUCAGCAUGAAGAAGCUUUAAAAUUUCAAAAUCUGAUUGAAGAGAAGAUUUUACUAGAUCAAGAGCCUGAUGUGAGUGAUUCGGAAGAUGAAGAGAGAGAAUCAGGGCACGAGUUGGACAGUGGAAACAGCGGAGAUAGCAAUGACGAUAGCGAGGACACCAGGUGGGGAUUUUUGUAUUAG